GUAAGGCCAUGUGUAGAGGCCAGGACUGGAGGAAUUAGUCGCUUUUCAGCAGGGUGGAUGCAUGUCGUGUGAGAGAGCUUGUGGAUCGUCACUGUGCCCUGAGACCUUAGACCAGCUCAAGACGCCACUGUCAUAAAUAUCGCCUGCGAAGCUGCCAUGUAUUGCGCUUACCCUGUGCCUGGAAUGGGCAAUAAUUCUUUGAUGUAUUACUGCAACGGGAAAUCGGUUUAUGCUCCCUCUCCAAACUCAGACGACUUCAACAGAGAUUCUCCCUCAUUUCCAUCUCCGAAGCCUCCCAGCAGUAUGUUUGCAAGUACCUUCUUUGAUGGGACCCACAAUUCCACCGACCCCUGGAAUUCCACCAAUGGGAUCAGUCAGCCUGGCUACGGAGGGAUGCUGGGCGGUCCUUCAUCUCACAUGUCGCCGUCAGGAAACUAUGGAAACCUGCACUCACAUGAGCGCCUGAACUACCCUCCCCACUCGGUGUCGCCGACAGACAUGACUGCCAGUCUUCCUCCUAUGUCCAGCUUCCACCGGCCCACCGCCAGCAGUGUCACGGCCUUCGUCACCACCUCCAACACCCCGCCGGGCAACCCCUCGGAGAGCGUCAUGGCUGGUGGCCGGGCCAAUGGGGGCGGGAGCUCACAGACCGGCGACGCACUAGGGAAGGCCUUGGCUUCCAUUUACUCACCUGACCACACCAGCAGUAGUUUUCCGUCAAAUUCCUCCACACCGGCGGGCUCUCCUUCACCACUCACGGGCACAGCAGGUGCUGGGCAGUGGCCCCGAGCUGCCACACAAACCCCCUCCUCCCCCAGCUAUGAAAACUCCCUGCACUCCCUGAAAAAUCGAGUUCACCAGCAGCUUCACGAACAUCUGCAGGACGCAAUGUCCUUCUUAAAGGAUGUCUGUGAGUCCCGCAUGGAGGAUCGGCUGGACCGGCUCGACGACGCCAUUCACGUCCUGAGGAACCAUGCGGUGGGAUCCACCACCGGCCUGCCCAGCGACUUGCACAGCCUCCUGGGACAGGCACACAGUGGGCCAAUCGGAGGCAUGGGGGCCGGCUUCCCCACCUCGGGCCUGCCCACCAGCCGGACUGCGUCCAUGGUUGGGGGGCAUCGCGAGGAGCCUGCAGUUCUGGGCAGUACCCAUGGCACACUGCCAGGCACGCCGCCCACCGCCGACGUCUCCCACCAGGCCGAUGGCUUCAGAGGAGCCAACCAGGGUGCAUCUAGCCUGAAGCUCAAGGUGGAGAGCCAAGAGAAGGAAGACCAAGACCAACAUUCUUCCGACGAUCUCAAGUCUGACGACGAGAGCGAUAAGCGGGACGUCAAGAUUCCGCGGGGCGGCACCCGGACGAGCAGCAUCAACGAAGAUGAGGACCUGAACCCCGAGCAGAAGGCGGAGCGCGAGCGGGAGCGCAGGAUGGCCAACAACGCGCGGGAGCGUCUGCGCGUGCGCGACAUCAACGAGGCCUUCAAGGAGCUGGGCCGCAUGUGCCAGCUGCACCUGAAGAGCGAGAAGCCGCAGACCAAGCUGCUCAUACUGCACCAGGCCGUGGCCGUCAUCCUCAGCCUGGAGCAGCAGGUUCGAGAGCGCAACCUGAACCCCAAAGCCGCCUGCCUGAAGCGGAGGGAGGAGGAGAAGGUGUCGGCCGCCUCUGUCAUCUCCACAGACCCCCAGCAGGUCCAAAGCAUGGCCCACCCCGGCCUGGCUGAAGGUGUCAAUCCCAUGGGCCACCUCUGAGCAGCCAGAUCAAAACGACGGGAUCGCUUACGUGUAAUGGAGAGAUGGUCACCUGGCGUCUCAAGGACAGGCGGGAUUCACAAUUUGUGAUGCAAAUUCGAAAAGAUGAACCACUUGAAGAAAAAAAUCUGGGAAAACAAAGCGAUCCUGCGAUUGGGGGAGGGGGGUGGGAAUAAUGAAAUCAAAUAAAAUCAACCCCAGCGAGUGAACGGCUCAUCGUGAAGACAUGCAGUGCCGGCCGGCGACUUUCAGCCUGUGAGUGAGAACCACUCGGUGCCAGCAGGUGGCGCAGUGUGGCGCACCCCAACAAUCGGAGGCUGUGGCGGGCGUCUCCACGCCACAUGCGGACAUUGACAUGUGCCUAAGCUGACAAAUGCAUUGUAUCCACAGUUGCUUUGCUCUUCUGUUUUUAUUUUUUUAUUAUUAUUAUUAUUAUUUAUUAUGUUACUGAGCUAUAACUAAGUCUAUCUAAAGGGAAAGUGAUACAAUUUCUUUUUGUAAAGCUUAUGUUGGAUCAGCAGAGUUGCUGUUUGCCCUCUCGCGGCCGGUCUGGCAUAGCUGAGGAUAGUCAUAGAAAAUCACUAUUUACCUGUUUGUUGUUGAGUACCAAGCUCAGCUCAGAAUCGCACGACUGCAACUGAAGAUUCCAGGCAUCCCAGUGACACGAGCUGUGCACGUUUAACCCGUCGCACACGGGACAGCGAGCUGAGCCGGCCAGCCUGCCUGCUCAUUCACCUGUCUGGUUAGGAUCAAUGUUCCUCAGGCUUUAGUGAUAGCAGAAGUAGACGAGCAACCUUGCCCUGUGAGGGGGGGGGGGGGGGCCGAGAGAGGAACUGCCCCUCGCAGCUUUCCUGGUAUAUUAACCCCUCGACUGACCAGUUUCCCAUCUGUGUGCUGUUCACAUGCGGAGGACAAAACCUUGCUAACCAGUUGGCAUUCCCUGUGUACGUGAUAGUGUCUUAAGUGGGGCGGGGCACUUUUGGACACUUUCAUUCCUUUGCCAGAUAGUGUUCAGUGUAAAAGAAUCGUCGCCCGUUGGUCUCCGGGUGUCUAGGCGGCCUCAGCAAUCCUGCGUUCACGCUUUGGACUCCUGCAGUGGCCUUCCGUGGCCAUUUCCAUACAUCUGUGGGACGACUGGUAACGUGUAAACGAUGACUAUAACGUCAUAUGGCCAGAAUUAGUGUUUUUUUUUUCCUUCUGUCUUAAAAAAUUGGAAAAAAAAAAUCUGAAAAUGUAUGAAAGUAUGUUACUCAAAGUAAUCACAAGUUAAUUGCUUUAUUUGUAAUUGUAUACAAAUCAUUUCACUAGGCUUCAUAGUUAAGCUUGUAACGUCGAGUGUGAGUUAGUGGAAAGUAAUUCUAAGUUAUUUAGAAUGGCUUUUGUUUCUUGUUUCUUGCGAGUGGCAGAGGAGCAGCUGCGGUUAUCGGCGAGUGCGAAGGCUAACAGGUCUGUGACGAGUCGACCGUCCACGGCUCUCUUGGGCAGGUAGUGAGCCACAGACCAGGCCAUGUCUCUGUUCUUUAUUUCUUUGUCUCAUUCUGUAAAUCUCUCAUUUUUGCUAAUUUCAUAACUUUGUUUUGUAUUUUCAAUGGCCAUUUUGUGUUGUUGACUCUAAAGACAAGGCUGCAGCUUCCUGACCUACAAUUGGUUACAUUGAAAAAUUUUUUAAAAACCACUUGAGGUAAAUGUCGACGUGAAGAUGUUUGCCUGCGGCCUUGUCGUCUUUCGGUGUUUCUGAGGACGCCAUCGUUGCUGGGGAGCGGGAGGUCGUCUUACUGCCUGUCCCUCCUUUUUCUUUACUCCCUUCUCUGUUAUGUUGCGUCUCCUUCGGCUUCCUUAGACUUGGCCUGUGCCCAAUUACGUUCCUUCUUAAAAUACUGAAAAAUAUGAAAUAAAAAAACAUUUGGCUUAUUUUUCACUGUAGUUAGUCUUUUAUACGAUAAUCUUGUAAGAAAGUUUAUUGAAUUCUAAAUAUUACUCUUUCUAGAUUUUUGAAAUCAAAAAAGCUUUUCAGUAAAAAGUUUCUUACUUUAUUUUACUAUAUUAGGUAGUAAAAAUUUAGGGUUAUUUACCAUAACCUAUCAAUUUCUAUUAGAAAUGUACAAACAGCAUCUAAAGAGCAGAGUAGGAUUGUAGCACGCAGUCUAGUGUGGGGUCGUGUAUGAGCUCAGUGUUCCAGAAGGUGUUGCUCCUUCUUCUCAGUCUUCAUUGUUGGUUGAUUAAAGAUUUGUACCUGUGUCAAAAUUCAAGGUAUUGUUGAUGCACAUCCUAAACCAGCAACAAGUAAGAAAAGAGAAAAAAAAAUUAAAAAUUAAAAAAAAAAGGAAAGAAAAAAAAAUUGUCUCUGUAACAGGAAACACAAUAUGUACAUAACAUUAAUGUAGCAAUAAAUGUGCCAUCAUUUUCUAAA